CAUACGCGUUAAUGGUAGAGAGAGAGAGAGAGAGAGAGAGCGCAGCAGUAUGAUACAGCAGCACACGCACACACACAAACACACACGGCACGCGCAGACGGGUUUACAGGCGCGACACCGCCGCCGUUCAGUCUGUUUCGUCGUGCGCGCGAGCGACUUCAACUGGAAGUUUCACGCGGCGGCAAAAAUGGGUCGGUGCGGAGUUUAAACCGAGCGGAUUAGCACGCGAGAAAGCAAACCGGAAGCACCGAAAUCACAAACACUCGUUUUUGUUUGUUUAUUGUUAUUAUUAUUAUUCUUACCGGCAGCAUGAAGUUCGCGGAGCACCUUUCAGCUCACAUCACACCGGAAUGGAGGAAGCAGUACAUCCAGUACGAGGCCUUCAAAGAGAUGCUGUAUGCAGCGCAGGAUCAGGCUCCGUCUAUAGAAGUGACGGAUGAGGACACAGUUAAGAGGUACUACGCUAAAUUUGAGGAGAAGUUCUUUCAGACAUGCGAGAAGGAACUGUCCAAGAUCAACACCUUCUACUCAGAGAAGCUAGCGGAGGCUCAGCGGCGUUUCUCCACGCUCCAGAACGAGCUGCAGUCCUCGUUGGACGCUCAGGGGGACAGCAUCAUAGGAAAGAGCAGGAAGAUGGGUCUGGCUCUGAGCAACGAGGAGAGGAACAAACACCGCAACAUCAAAGACCUGAAACUGGCCUUCAGCGAGUUCUACCUCAGCCUCAUCCUCCUGCAGAACUACCAGAACCUGAACUUCACAGGGUUCCGUAAGAUCCUGAAGAAACACGAUAAGAUCCUGGAGACGCAGCGCGGAGCCGACUGGCGUGUCUCACACGUGGAGGUCGCGCCCUUUUACACGUGCAAAAAGAUUACACAGCUCAUCUCCGAGACUGAGACCCUGGUAACUACGGAGCUUGAGGGCGGAGACCGACAGAAAGCCAUGAAGAGACUGAGAGUCCCACCACUGGGGGCAGCUCAGCCCGCUCCUGCCUGGACGACGUUCAGAGUCGGACUCUACUGCGGAAUCUUCAUCGUCCUCACCGUCACCUUCGUCCUCAGCGGUGCGUUUUAUUUCCAUGAUAAGAACGUGUGGCCGAUGGUGCGGAUGUACCGCGGCGGCUUCCUGCUCAUCCAGUUCCUCUUCCUGUUGGGCAUCAACACGUACGGCUGGAGACAGGCUGGAGUCAAUCACGUGCUCAUAUUCGAACUGAACCCACGCAACAACCUGUCUCACCAACACCUGUUCGAGAUCGCAGGCUUCCUGGGUGUGUUAUGGUGUGUGAGUAUCUUGUUGUGUCUCUACGCCGACACUAUCGGGCUGCCCAUGCAGGCGAGUCCUCUCAUCCUGUACGGCCUCAUGUUCCUUUUACUCAUCAACCCCUUCAAAACGGCCUACUACAAAUCCCGCUUCUGGCUCCUCAAAUUGCUGUUCCGCGUGUUCACGGCGCCGUUCCACCGCGUGGAAUUCGCUGAUUUCUGGUUGGCUGAUCAGCUGAACUCUCUGGCGAUCGUGCUGAUGGAUCUGGAGUAUCUGGUGUGUUUCUACAGUGUGGAGCUGCAGUGGGGGGACAUGGAUGGCCUGCUGCCCAAUUAUUCAGAUGACAAGAAAUGCAACAAUUACUCGUACGGACUGCGUGCCAUCAUUCAGUGUCUACCCGCCUGGUUCCGAUUCGUCCAGUGUCUCCGCCGUUACCGUGACACCAAGCGGGCGUUUCCUCACCUGGUGAAUGCUGGGAAAUAUUCUACAACCUUCUUUGUGGUGGCGUUCUCCGCCCUGUACAGCACACACAAAGACCAGGGUGACACCGACGCCGAGGCGUUCCUCUACCUGCUCAUCGUCUUCUCCACCAUCAGCUCCCUCUACACACUGAUCUGGGAUCUGAAGAUGGACUGGGGUCUGUUCGACCGCAACGCCGGGGAGCACACCUUCCUCCGGGAGGAGAUCGUCUAUCCGCAGAAGGCGUAUUAUUACUGUGCCAUCGUGGAGGACGUGAUCCUGCGUUUCUCCUGGACUCUUCAGAUCGCUCUGACCAACAUGACAAACGUCUCCUCCGCUGAUAUCGUGGCCACCGCUCUCGCCCCACUGGAGGUGUUCAGGCGUUUCGUGUGGAACUUCUUCCGUCUGGAGAACGAGCACCUGAACAACUGCGGUGAGUUCCGGGCGGUGCGGGACAUCUCCGUGGCUCCUCUGAACGCCGACGAUCAGACACUGCUCGAGCAGAUGAUGGACCACGAGGACGGAGUCAAACACCGGCAGGGCAAGAAGCCCUGGAGGCGGAGCCACAGCCUCACACUGCGACGCCCGCUGCUGCACUCCCAGUCCAAGAAGGACACUAAGGUGCUGAUUGAGGACACGGAUGACGAAGCCUUCAGCUGAGCAGCGCGAAGACGUUACACCUCUGAAGAGCACUGCACACACACACACACACACACACACACACACACACAUCAUUAGAGAGCGGGCUCAGCCUCACAAACACACACACACACACACACACACAACAGCAGUAAUCGAGCACAAACAAUCAAGAGACCUUUCAGUACAAAGCAUUAACAAUACACACACACACACACACACACACACGCACACACACAGGGUACUGUUAUUUUUAAUUUAUCGUUAGUUUUUAUAUUAGUCUAGUUUCUUUUUUAAGAAUUUAUCGAUCGCCUGACUGUUUACAAACUUAAUAAUAAUAAUAAUAAUAAUCGCUACAAAUCUACAGGAAGUGACAUCAUUACAGUGAAGAACUGAAAUGCAGCAAGAACAACAAACACUGAAGUGUGAACUUCAGCUCUGGACUACGCACACACACACACACACACACACACACACACACACACUUACUUUGAAACUGACGGCGUGUUGUAUUUCUAUUUGUGCUUUUUGUAACGGCUUUUUUCACAGAGCACUUGCAGGGAAAGUGCGCGUCGGCGCCAUGUUCACUACGCAGCGCCGCCUCACUUCCUGUUCUACUUUAUUUCAUUUUUUCCCCCUUUAUCUUUGCCUUUAUUUAUUGUUCAUAUUCUUAAGAGUCAGACGGACCCACUGAUGGGUAUUAAAAACCGGAAAAGUGACUUCUAAUGUAGAAGUGGCUGCGUCCCAAAUCGCACACUACCCUACUUGAGGCUGGCAUGAGUACUCACUCGCCCCUAUUAAACUUCACAGUUUUAGCCGAAAUGGACUUCCGGGGUGUUAUGGGGUGUUAUGUCGUGAAGCUAGUGUGAGCACACGGACCCUGCCGUAAAGCACACCAACAGAACCGGUGUUAAAACGCUUUACUGACAUUCAUCAUGGUGAACUCUUAGCAAGACGCCCGUUAGGUCGAGGGCGGAGUCAAUCUUUCUGAUGUGAGCUAGUCCGGAUUGUACCGAUUGCGUGAUUCAUGGCGAUGGAGUUAUUCCGAUGACGUGCGUUUCACACGCCGUGAUCCCGUGAAAGCGUGACCUUAUUGAGGGGGUGGAGUAUUUUCGAUGAAGUGUGAUGCGAUGCAGAGCGAUUGUGGGAGGAGCCUUCACUCAAACGAUGUGAUCUAUAAAGGCGGAACCUUCCAGGUGACAUGGUUUAAGGAGGCGGAGAUUGAUCAAUGAGAUACGGGUUAAGGGGGUGGGGCAUCGAAAUGGGCGGGGCCUUCUUUUCAGAUGAUUUGAUCAAUAAAGGUGGAGUCUUUCAGAUUACGCUGGUUGAUGAGGCGGAGCUCUAUAAGUGAGAUGUACAACCAUUGUGGGCGUGUCCUUCUUUUCAGAUGAUGUGAUCAAUAAAGGUAGAGCCUUUCAGAUGACAAGCGUCAAGGGGUGGAAGUGCAGAGUUCUUGUGGGCGGAACCAGAUGAUUUGGGUAUGACACAAGUGCUUUGGAGGUGGAGCCGCUAUAUAGGGGCGGAGACUCUAGUUACAGUUAAAAGGUAAAACCUACAAGGUACGCAUCCAGUGCUUAUACAAACACUGCACAGACCGCUAGUGUUCACUAUUUAGCACACCAGGGUGUGGUUUGGGACGAGGCCCCUAAUUACCUUCAUUAGAUCUAUUAGAAUUAACUUCAUUAUUUUUUAUUAUUUCGAACAACCAUGAGCUACAAAACGUGAUGACGUUAUGAUAGGUUGUCUUUUAUUUUUCAACACACACACACACACACACACACAUACACUCAAACAUAAACACACACACACACACACUAUAAGAAUGACGACAAUGAUGUCUGGAUGGAGAAUACGAGUGUGUGGACACUGCUCUGGGAUUCGCUGCUUUUCACACACACACACACACACACACACACACACACACACACACACACACACACGCGGAUGUCAGGAGGAGCGUGUGUUUGAUUACUCCAUCCCGCUCGUCCAUGUUAUCCAGCUGUCCUACUGUUAGCACUCAUGCUAACGGUGUCAUGGUUACUGUUAAAAGUUUUGCAAUUUGUGAGCACAAUCUCUCUCUCUCUCUCUCUCUCUCUAUCUCUCUCUCUCUCUCUAUCUCUCUCUCUCUCUCUCUCUCUCCUGUCUCUCUCUCUCUCUUUCUCUCUCUCUCUUUGUCUCUCUCUCUCUGUCUCUCUCUCUCUCCCUCUCUCUCUCUCUCUCUCUCUCUCUCUCUGUCUCUCUCUCUGUCUCUCUCUCUCUUUCUCUCUCUCUCUGUCUCUCUCCCUCUGUCUCUCUCUCUCUGUCUCUCUCCCUCUCUCUCUCUCCCUCUCUCUCUCUCUCCCUCUCUCUCUCUUUCUCUCUCCAUCUCUCUCUCUGUCCCUUUCAUUCCUUCUCUCUAUAUAUCAAUGUUUCUGUCUCUGGAAGUGAUGUGUCAUUCACAAAAGAGUCGGCUCUCAACGUUCACUUAAAAGAGUCGUGAAACUUUUGUGAAUCUUUUUUUUGUUUGUUUUUCAUAGAUCCAAGCCAUUGCAGGGUAAUUUGUUGAUUUCAUCAUCAUCAUCAUCAUCAUCAUUAUUAUUAUUAUUUGAAAAGAGAAAAAAAAAACCCUCAACGAAACGAUAGUAAGAACGAAUCCUUCGACGAGCCAUUCGGGAGCCGAAAAGAGUCGACUCUUAUUUGUGAGCUGAGCCAGAUGAUUUGAUUCACUGAAAAAGAGUCGCCUGUGUCGUUCUGUUUCUCUUUAAAUUUCUAUCUCUUUCUUGUGUGCGUACACGUAAACAGUGUCAGUCUCUCGAGGACGAACAGUCAGUGUGUGAAAAGACGGGGAUUAUGGGGGGAAAACAGAUGUUUAUGGACGUUUUAGAAGAACGUUUUGUGCUAUUUUUCUUCACAAGUCUAAAAAUGAAUCGUGUCAUAAAUGAUCCACUGAAACCGACCACCAAAGAGCUUCUCUGUUGCCACAUACAUACCUGCAAACAUUUACACUUCACACACACACGCACACACACACACACACACAUGCUAAUUCUGUUGUCGUUGUGCCAGUGGUUGUCUCGCCUGCAUGCUACUUCGAUGUUUCCCUGUAAAUAGAUUUAACUUAUUUUCUAUAGGAAUGAUGGGUAAUUUAUUGUCUCGGUAUUUAUGGAUAGAGCAGUAUUAUGCUUAGCGACGGGACUCUGUCUCGUGCGUGACGCUCUCGUGACUGUAGAAACGUUGACUCCUUCCAUUCCACGUGCCAAUUCAUUACUUGGGUCCUUGUUUUGCCGAAGGAAAGCGAUCCCUGGGUCGACAUAGAAAUGUAUUCAAUUUGAUUCCCCAAUUUCAAACUUGAUACCAUUAGCUCCUCUAAUGUUAGCUAACUAGCGAGCAUGGCUCUUGUGGUAAGAACGGAACUUGUAGAUUUGUGUGUUUGGUGUUGGGAUGGCGCACACACACACGAUGUUCAGCGUUUCAGUCAUUAAAUUGACUAAGAAGCCAUUAAAUUAAGCUAAUAACGCAGUUGGAAAUAUAGCUGCUGGGGAUAAACUAGCUCACGAUCGAGGCUAACAGUUUAGCUAAGUAGUACAGAAAAUGACGGACCCGAAUAACCUUGGAAGCGAACCAUCGGGAACGUCAGCAUGACCCUCAGACGUGUUGAUGAAUGAUGAACUCAACCCCAAUUUUAAAGUAGCAUUUAGCCUGAUGCUAGCUAGCUAGUUAGCGAAUCCUGGUUUUAACUACACAAUAGUUCACUUUUUUAAUGAAUUUGGCUAGCUACUAGCUAACUCUAGCUACAGCUGAAGGAGUGAAAUAAUGUUACGUUUUAUUAAUUUGCUAAAUACGGUAUCGCGGAUUGAGAAUGUAAAUAUCGGCACACGUCUUCAUAGAUUCAUGUUUUGGUCACAUGGUGAAGGACGGCGUGAUGAAUAUUCAUGAGUGUCCAGCGUCCGCUCACUCGGCGUCGUUAACCUCUCAACGUGAGGGUGGUUUUUUUACAUUACAUUUUUAUACACUUACGGGCUCUGACAUCGUGUGUGUUCUCACUGGGGGGGGGGGGGGGGGGGGGGUGUUUCUGUGCACGCUAAACCCACGAUGUUCCGUGCUUGUUGAUAUUUCUGCAUCUUUUCUAUCUCGGUGUUGUGUCCGUUUCUUACUUUCCGACUGUGACGAUGAUGUUCGUUAGCUAAUCGAUGGAUAAUAUUAAUAAUAGAUAGAUAAAUAAAGCGUUGUGUGUUCGACGGAGAAGAAAAACGCGUCCUGCGGAGUCGUGUGUUAAUGUGGAGUGAACUAUGAUGCUCGUAUACGAUGCUCUUGUUUCUAUUUCUGUACAACACUUUGGUGAUGAUGUCAUAACUUGGUUUUAUAAACCACGCCUAUUUUUAAAACCUG